AUGGAAAACGAACAUAUGGAGCCCGUGGAAACGGAAGCUGACCAGCAACACGAUGGCGAAUCGAUGGAGGCGUACCGACGAGUCCAGGGCACGAUUCUGACACUCACAGCGCUAGCCAAGGGAGUAGCCACUAUCGACUUCUUCAAAGAGGCGUAUGGCGUGGAGCAAUCCCUCAGCAAGAGCAACGGUUUGGGAUGGGCUCUGUUCUGGAUUUCCCUCAUCAGCGAGCUGGACAGAUUUGGACAGUCGCUCCGUGACAACUUGUACGUCAUUUCCAAGGACAAGUUCUACUCUAACGAGACGCCUGUGAGCUGGCAGGAGCAGCUGCUGGGCCAAUUCGCCGCAGACACCAUCAACAACGUUUCGUACGUCAUCUACAUGUACUAUGUGUACAAGAUCUCUACCGGCUGGCUCGUCACCUUUGGAGCUAUCCAGUUGGUCUACAUUGUUCUUGCUGGCGUUGCUGGUGCCUAUUUUGGCAUAGCCAACAAGCAGCGGGUCGAGUAG